AUGGCAUCAGAGAAUAAGACCAAACUCUUGGAAGCCAAGUGCUUCUGUGGUUCCGUGCACUUCACCGUUGAAGUUCCCAUUGUCAUACUUCCCCUGCCAGUUCAUCUUUGCCAUUGCACGGUGUGUCGUUAUCGCUCUGGUGCGCCAUGUGUAUUCCACACCAAGCUGCCAAAAGAGGCACCCAUGAAGUUCAUAUCGCCUUCUGUAGAGGCAAACAUGACAGUCUAUACUUUCGGAGAGCGCGUAUCGGCUUGGAAUUUCUGCUCAACAUGUGGAUGUCACAUCACCUCUGUGGAUCGUGACGAUGGUCACUGGACCGUUUCGACAUCCAUCUUCAAGGACCACGGACCUGAGAAUUUCCAAAUCAAGAGGCACAUCUACAGUGGUUCGACGUUCGACCACGGGCUUCCUGAUAUCAUACCCCAAGUCGAUGGGCUCCACCUUGAGGACUGGAACCCUCCUCACGAUGAUCCAAGCUCCGAGACUUUAGUCCCGAAGCUUGAACACGACGCAAAUGGCCAGGAGCGGCUGCGAGCUGAGUGCCACUGUGGCGGCGUGUCAUUCACCAUUGGUCGACCAACUAAGGACGUGCUCGAGGACGCACAGCUCAAGGACUUUGUCUCCCCUCUUGAUCAGACGAAAUGGAUGGCACUCUAUGACGCCUGUGAUGACUGCAGGCUCCUCACCGGAACCCAUCUCGUGGGAUGGACCUUUAUUCCCCUCUCCACAUGCAAUCCUCCCAUCGCGAGAGAUCUAAAGAUAGGUACCGCAAAGACGUACCAGAGCUCACCAAAUGUCCUGCGAUCAUUCUGCGGAACUUGCGGUGCGACCGUCUUCUUCACGUGCGAUGAGCGCUGCCCAGCAGGGGGGGAGUCAGUCGUCGAUCUCGCGACCGGAAUCCUGCGGGCCCCUGAAGGUUCAAUGGCUGAGAAAUGGUUGACCUGGCGAUCGAACCCUGCUUGGCUGCCGUCUGGGAAACAGUAUCAUCGCGCUUUUAGUGAGGCCUUGGAACAGGGAAUGAAGGAGUGGACCUUGGAUCACUAUAAUCAGGAGGUUCGCCAUGGCUUGCAUCUAUCAUUUCUCGCUGCCAAUACAUUCGAUAAUGCGAUCGACUCGCUCAAUUCCCUCCAAACUUCCCAUGCGGCUUUCAAGGCGCGGAUAAAGGCUGGUAUCAAGCCCGAUGCCUCCUCAAUCGCAGAGAUGAAGACAUAUAUACGCCGUCUUGGCUAUUCAACGUCUGAUCUCGAUCGUUUAAACAUCAUUCAUGUCGCUGGCACGAAGGGAAAAGGCACCACAUGCGCCUUCGUUGAUUCUAUCUUAUCCCGCUAUCGGACUACACAUGGAGUUCCUCGGAAGACGGGGCUCUUCAUCUCCCCUCACCUAGUCUCGGUGCGAGAACGGAUACGUAUCAAUUCCGCACCGAUACCUGAGGCUCUGUUUGCGAGGUAUUUCUACGAUAUAUGGGACCGUUUAGGAUCGGCAGCCGAACAAGAUGGUGUUGAGGGAGCAAACCAGGAAAAUGCCUCCCCUCUGGACAUCAGACCUACAUACGCUCGCUUUCUGACACUGAUGAGCUGGCACGUCUUCUUGCAAGAAGGCGUCGAUAGAGCAGACGAGAAGGGUGUGGAUUUGCAAGCUCUCAAAAUUGACACUCGGCUUCGAGAUGUACGAAUACAUCCAGAUGCCGAGUUCCAGAAGAAAAACGCAACCCUUGCGACUGCCCUGGCGGAGACUGCCUUGACACGACUCGGGGCCCUGACACCGCACCAGGAUGUUCUGCCUGAUGAGUUCCGAAAAGCACUCGAGGGCACUGUAUUCCGCGGACGUUGUGAAAUCAAGGCUGAAGACCAAGUGGUUUGGCAUCUGGACGGUGCACAUACGGCCGACAGCCUUACGCUCGCUUCCAAAUGGUUUGCUAACGAGACGUCUGGACAGGUCGAGGCCAUCGACUUCCUAAAUCUGAUUUCCGCUGCUAACAAGCAGGAGAAUGGCCCGCCAUUUAGCCAUGUCAUAUUCUGUACCAACAUCACACACGCCCAGACUGGUUACAAACGCGAUUUCGUUAACAACCAAUAUGAUACCAGGGAGAUUGAGUCUCUAGCAGUGCAGAGAAGAUUUGCUGAAAGAUGGUCGUCUCUGGAUCCUGAGGCUUCGGUUGUAGUUUUACCAACUAUCGAGCAGGCUCUUACUCAUGUCCGAGAACUUGGAGUUAACAUGCUAAACAAAGAUGAAAAGAUUCAGGCUUUUGUCACGGGCAGCUUGCAUUUGGUUGGUGGUGCACUGGGCAUAUUAGAGAAUGUCGAUGCUCUUUAG